AUGACCCAAGAUAGCUCUGAUUUUUUUCUCCUGUUUAAAGAAGUUUCAUGGAUGAUUGUCUUCAUCUGUGAAGCAGUGCUAAUUCUUACAGAAAAUGUCAUGACCAUUUUAAUCUUCUGGAGCAUGCGCAAGAGACUUAAGCGAACAAGUUACCUACUCAUCAAUCUUGCCGUAGCGGACUUUUUUGUGGGGAUCGGGCUUUCUAUGUUUAUUGGCACUGAUAUUGCAAGGACUUUAAAGAGAAAUAUUCCCGACAGUUUGGAGAUAACCCUGAUUAUAAUAGACCUCAGCGCAACACUGUCUUCCGUAACGUCGUUGGCCUUAAUUUCUUUGGUAAGAAUGUUCGCUAUUUUGUGGCCUUUCCGCCAUAGGCUUUUAAAGACACGAUACUUCUAUGUCUCCAUUGGUGUGGUUUGGCUUAUUUCAAGUUCAAAUGGUGUCUCAACGCUUUCUUCUCGCACAGGCUACAACAUUUUCACCGCUGCGUCAUUCAUCAUUGCAGUCAUGGUCAUUUCUGCAGCCUAUUCUGCCAUUUGGAUGCAGUCAACGCUACGCAAUCGGAUGCCGUCGAGCCGCGAGAAAUCAAGCAACAUGAGACAAAACAAAAGGCUUGCCAACACUCUUUUCGUUGUAACCGCCUUGUCACUGAUGACUUGUUUACCAUAUGGCAUCACCAUUGCUUUCAACGACGACUUUCUCGAGAACUUGUAUUCUUUCAGAGUUCAAUUCACUUUAGUGGUGAUGUAUGCCAAUUCGUUUCUGAAUCCAAUUGUGUAUAGCUUCAGAAUGCCAGCCUUUAAAGCUUCUCUGAAAAAAAUAUUUUGUCACUGUACUUGUCCAGGCUCACGGAAUAAGUUUGCAAUCGAGAAAAGUUACCAAUCGUCCAGCAAUGCAGCCAGUUUGAAAUCUAUUAAGACUACAGUCGAAAUUCUUUAGAAUAGUACUGGCAUUGUUGCAUUGUUUCUUAAGCAGUUUAUUUUAAAGGUCUAGCUUGAAGGUUAGUGUUCUCAACAACAACAAAACUUUACUAGCAAUUACAUAUCUUACACUGUCCGUAGCAAGUAAAGCUAAUAUUUGAGGUGCGUAGUUCAUGCGCAUAAACUAGUUACGAUAUUCAGGCUCACUCGGCAAGUUUAAAGUAGUGGGUUUAAUAAGGGCAUAAAAACUUAACACAAUAUGUAACUAAAAACGUCAUAAAAGCGAAUUGUAAUCAGUAGUUUAAAGUUCGCACAUAUGAAGGUUUUCAAUUUUAAGUAAACGAACAAAAACGAAAAUCAGAGGAAAAAGACGUAAUAUAGAAAAAUAGCUAACUGUUAGUUAAGAGUGAGGAACCGAUUAAAAAAAGUAAAAUUUAUGAUUCAUAUUUUUUGGCUGAUUUUACUUUUUCCAUCAGCGUGCAUGAGCGCAUCAAGGUAGUCAUCUUUUUUGUUUUUCAAAAUAUAGAAAGGUAUUUUGCUAUUCUUUGGAAGAUGUUGGAUGACGAAGUAUCUCAUUCCACAUCUUUGCCCCUAAGUGAGAGGAAGACAGCCUAUACAAUACUAGUUCGGAUCUAUUGACAUAGAAAUUUCCGUGACGUACAAGUGCUUGUUUUGCAGCUUUUUGCUUCUGCAAUGCCAAAAUAAACGAAACCGUGUCCUUCGUUUGCAUGUGAUGCCAUCAUGCAUGCUGCAAAAUAAAGUAAAAGCGAUCCUGCUGCGUCUGGAAGAAGACUGAUUAUCCAAUCACCGUUUUUUGAAAACAAAACAUUUUGCAAACGGGCCAAUGAGAUUCUUAGAUUUGAGGGCUGUUUCCUGAUAGGUCAGGUAAGUUUAAACUGUUUUAAAGUUUUCAACGGUUCUUUGUUGAUACUUGAAUUUUAUCGGUUGGCAUGCAGAAAACUUGAGAAUCUUUUGUUUCCAAAAAACGCUGUGAUUGGAUAAUCUUCUUUCGAGUGCCCCGCUUCAAGUAGCGCACUGUUAGUUUCAUCAGAUAUAUAACCUCCUGAGAGAUAAUACAUCGGCUAUGCCAACUUUCUGCAAUAUAUAGGCAGGGCUUCUGAUAUAGGUUUGCUCUGUAGUAAAGCUCAUUAGAAUUUCAAAACGUUUGCACUACGCGACCUCUGUAAAAUGUUGAUUUACAGCCACCACUCAGAGUAGCCUUAUAUUCAAUGGUAUAACAACAACAAAAGGCCACUUCCGCGGAGUUCCAAAACCCUCACUUUCAAAAUGAGGCCGAGUGUACAACCUUUCUAGUGAAAAUGAGUUUUAUUUGCAUGAGAAUGAAAAAUCAUCUCCAUAUCAAAGGCUGAGCACUUAACCUCGUUUUGAUACAGAAGUCCGUGGGAACCAGAAAUGGCCUAUUACAGUAAAAACCCCGCACGUAAGAACCUAGUGGUUUAAGAACCUGCUGGCAGAAAUUUGCCUCUUUAAAACCCCAAAAUAGGAACCUGGUUAGCUUAGCAAGAUCAAGCAGAUUCUUAUAUGUAGGAUACAGUUAAAUUAUGAUAAACAUUUUAACCUGGGAUCGGAGUUCGACUUUGAAAUUGCUAAUUUAUAUUACAAGAAAAUACUGUACCAAACUGUAACAUAAAGUAAGUAAAACUAGUUCUGUAAGUUCGACAAAAAAGCGGGUUUAUAUAAAUUACAAACUGUAAUAAUUGUAUGCCUUCAUGACGAACUUUGCAUAAUGAAGGUUUGAAAUGUACAGUUGUGAAUAAAUACUAACAGUAACUGGAUAUUCAAGGACCGAAUUUUAAGUUUAUUUAUUUAUGUUUUGUAGUCAACAACUAUAUCUCCUUCAUAGCUUAAAUUGCGAUCGAAUAACUACCUGAAAAUAAAAGAACCUUUAACUAUCUAGAAAAAUCUCUUUCCUCUGCGCGUAUUUUGGAAUAAGAAUUCUCCCUUGCAGGACUUGAUUUGGUAUUCAUUGCAGCGCAAUAUCAAGAAAUCUAAUCGAAAUAAAAUAUUCCGAUGCAUGUGGCGAUUGAAUAGUACAAAAAUCACGGUACAAGAGAUUUGUAACAAAACUUUUGCGUAUACCUUCGGCCUAGGCCAAAAGUCGAAAUUUAAAUGCCGGACGAACCAGACUAUACUAAGUUAAGAUCGACUGUUGGGUCACAUGUCGAACUUAGGACGCGUGGAACCAAUCAACUGCAUCAGUUAAAAAGGCAAUUUUAAAAAAUUUUCUCCCGAACGAGGCUAAAUAUACAUUAUCAUACAGGGCAGGUUGCUCGAAGCCUGGUUAGUUUAACCGUUGGUUAAGAGGUAUCAAAAUGUAUAGGUUUCCAUGGUAUUUAACGCUGGUUAGCACUAACCAUGCUUCGAGCAACCCGGGCCUCAGAUAUUUAAUUUAUUCAGGUUAGUUCGUCGCAUGUGAAGAUCGACGCUUGUCCCGGAGACGAUCUUCAGACGGAUGGAACUUGUGGGAUGAUCCAAACUCAUUCAGACGAACUUAACUGAGCCAGAUGUCGAACUUUUCAUGAACUCAACUAAGCAAGUUUGGUUCGUCUCAUGAAAAGUCCAACGUUUGGCCUAUAGGCCUAGACCUUAUUCCUAAAUACUAUCGAUCGGACGCUAUGAGCCCUAAAAAUCUCUCGUAAAUGGCCACCUCCUGUUAGUGACCGCGAGCACUUUUCGUUGUAUGUACUUUGCUGCUCACAGUAUACGAAGUACAUUCAGUGACAAUAUGGAACUACACAUAGUAAGUUAGAGAUUCUAGUGCAUGUGAUAAUUGAAAUUAUCUUUCAUGUGGUAAACGAGUCUCGGAAGAGACCCGCUUGUGGUUCUAUUGUUAGCGACCGACUCCCGUAAGCGACCGCUAAGUCUUCGAUUAUUUUUGUAAGAAUCAAUAAUGGUAAUAGGACUGAGUGGAGUCCAAUUCGGUCUGUAAUCAUAACUAGAACAAAAUUGUUAAAUCUGAUUGGCUAUCAUCUGCCCUGAUUUCAGCCUUAAUUGAACAGUUUGAUAGGACAGUAAGCGUCAUGCUUAAAUGGCUUUUUUUUCACUGCUAGCAAAACAAAAUUUCCAAUUUCUUGUGUUUUGAUUUAGAAAAAUGCCUGUUAUAUCACAAAUUUUGUUAAAGUUAUGAUUAGUUGGUAACAGAACUUCGUGUCGUCCAAUUCGGUCUGUAAUCAUACUCGUGAUUAAACAAAUCGGACUCCCGCUACGCGGUCGUCAGAUUUUGUUAAUCACUCGUACCAUUACUAAUCAUACGAGUGAUUAACAAAAUUGGACGACCCAUUAGCCUGGUAGCGGGAGACCGAUUUGUUUAAUCACGAGUAUGAUUAUUUACCAUAUUCGACAACACGAGGUUCUGUUACCAAUUAAUCAUUACUAUAACAAAAUUUGUGAUAGUUUAGGUUUUUUGAAAUUAAAACACAAGAAAUUCAAAAUUCCGAGAGUUUUGUUAGCGUGCGAUGGCGCGUAGUGUCCAAUUACUUAGGCAUGACACGUACUGUCCUAUUACACUGUCCUAUUAGUGCUGAAAUCAGGACAGUUGAUAGCCAAUCAGAUUUGAGAAUUUAGCUAUAGUUAUGAUUAAGGACAUUAAGGGACCCGGGGUGUUUUCUUGAUUACAAAAGAAUAUCACUAACUAAAUUGAAAGUUUUAAUUAGGUUUUUUGGUUCUUCAAAAAGAGACCCUUCAUGAAUACUAUUUCAGCAGGAGCACGCCAUAAACCUCAGCUAAGUCCAUAUGAGAAUAUUUGCUGGAAACGUAGGAUUUGCCAAGCAUUUUAAAUUAAUAUCAACACUGAAAAAUUCUAAUUUGAGGUUUUUAAUCACUUAUUCUGAUUCCGUAAACGUGGACUUUUUCCUUUCCGUGAAAUGCCAAGAAAGAAUGGUCGAAUUUUGCAGAGAAGACAGUUUCGCUUUUAUUAAUUGUUUCCUGUCUAACCAAGGAAAUUGAAAAAGAAAACCAUUUUCUGGUAAAAAUUAGUUUCAAAUGGAACAAAAACAUCUUUUGUUUAAAGGGAUAUAAAUAUUUUAUUGAGAUUACUGAGACCUUAUCGGGAAAUAUUGUUAAUAAGUUGCCGAUCUAAAUGAUCUUGUUUUCCGUGAGCAGAUAUACCAGAAAAAGCCUAGAAUUCAAUGUUAUUGCCAUCAAUUCCGUGGUAAAAUUAAAGAGCAAUUUACGUGAGAAGCAAUCAAAUUUGUAAGUGAUGGCGUGCCUUUAAGUGUUCUGCCAUGCGUUGUAUUCGAUACAAUACUUUUAUUGUUUCUGUGUAGUUUUAUUAUAGUAAGACAAUAUAAGAUGAUCGAAAUAUGAGUCAUUUCAUAUAUUUCCAUUUAAUACCGAGACAGAAGUAGAUUGCAUUUUGAAGGGAGUAUCAAUAUUUAAUUAGCAUCUUUAGAAAGAUAUACAUUUCUUUCAAGUUAGCUUAAAGUUCAGAUGUUCUUCUAGUUAAACACAGGCCAGCCGAUGCCAAACGAACCUGUCACUCUGAGUGCUUAUCUUUCUUUGAAAUACCGAAUGUCAAGAUACAGGUCGGAUUAAAACGUUAAGAGGAGAUAGUAAGUGGCUUUACGCCACUCCAAAUAAUGUGCCGAACCUAACCGAUAAAUAAGGUACGUCAUCAGAGGACCGGUGUCAGCAGUUUCUAUACCGGUUUUAUACGGCGAGCGAAGAUGCCGCAACAAGAUGAUAACUGCUUGUUUCGACACUUAAUGUAUGAAAGUGAUAGAAUUUUUAGAUUCUAAAGAAUCUUUCCAUUCGCAGUCUCUCCUCUCGGGUCACUCCAAAGCACUCCGUAGUCAAACUUUGUAUCGCUGAGUAGGGUCUACAAGUCGACUAAACCGGGCCUAGUAAAAACCUAUUUACUAGGCGUCUGGCCGGAUUGUGAAUUGGUUGAGACGUAUACAUAACAAAGCCAACAUAACCCUUUAAAUUGGUAAUUUCACUGAAUAAACUGUAUGUCACAAAAUGUCAACUACUUGCUUUAAAGGAGUCUGCACAGCGAAGCAGGCCUGUAAUCAUUAUCUGAUUCUAAGUCAACUCAUAAGACUUAUUCUAAAUGUCAGUCAUGUAUCGACAUUUUUUAAAAUUUCCUUAAAUAGGCCUAGAAAGAUGAACAACACAAGCCUCGAUUAUGGUUUACCUUUUUGGUUGUUUAAAGAUGUUCAUUGGAUGGUUGUCUAUAUUUGUGAAGCUCUUCUUAUCCUCACUGGAAACUCCUUAACGAUUUACAUCUUUUUUCGCAUCCGGAAGCGGUUGAAGCGUACAAGUUAUUUGCUCAUCAAUCUUGCAGUUGCCGAUGCUUUUGUGGGGAUGGUACUCACUCUUUUCAUAAGUGUAGAUGUAACAAUUAUGUUUGAAAAAGACGUCAGCUUAACUUUUGGUGAAGCAGUCGUAGCACUCGAUAUCAGCGCAACAGUUGCUUCACUGUCGUCGUUGGUCUUAAUUUCUUUGGAAAGAAUGCUCGCUAUUUUAUGGCCACUUCGUCAUAGGCUUAUAAAAACACGAUACUUCUAUGUUUCUAUUGGCUUUGUUUGGUUUCUUUCCGCCGCAAAUGUACUUUCAAAUCUACGCCUCUACAAUGAUAUCACGUAUGACGAUUCUUACAGCGUCUUUACAUCAGUAACAUUCGUAACGUCUCUUGUAGUCAUUACAGUUUCCUAUCUUGCCAUUUGGAUUUCAGUACGGCGCAAUGCAAUACCAAGCAACGAUCGUAGAUCAAUGAGACAAAGCAGCAAGCUGGCCAAGACACUUUUCAUAGUAACCGCCUUGUCAAUUAUGACUUCCUUGCCAUACGGUAUUAUCGUCACUUUGAAAGAAUUUUCUGAGGAUUUCUUUUCUUUUAGAGUGCAAAUUAUUAUGGUGGUACAAUAUGCGAAUUCACUUCUGAAUCCAGUCAUCUACUGCUUCAGGAUGCCCGAGUUUAAAGCUUCCCUGAAAAAGCUAUUUUGUUGUCACUGCUCGGGUGGGAGCAGUUUCCAUACGAAUUCUACACCGUUUAAUAAGAAUUCUCUAUCGAUUAAAAAUCAUUCUUUAUCUCCUACCAGUGGAAUAACACUGAGGUCCGUGGAGUUCACGGAGGCUAAUAAUCGUAACUAGGUUUACAUUUUCAGUUCCAAGCUUCUGAGGAGAACCUGUCGGCUCCAAGACCAUUUGCUUUUGGUUGAACUUAAAAUAACUGCUUAUGAAACUAGGGAUCGAUAGUCUAUUUCCUUCUUUUUCUAAAAAAAAAUUCAGUAAGGGUGUUUGAUCCUUAUCUUUCAGACAUCAAUUUUCUUCAUGUUAUUCUUGCCUUUCUGUUUGUUAUUUCUUCAUCAGCCGCAUGAUGAAUACCGUGAGGCCUCAGUGUGGUUCUACCUAUUCAUCGUGGCGUCAUUGUUUAUCUUUUGUCUAACAGCCGCCUAGUUAGCUCACAUGAAUAAACUCUCGUCUGCAGAGCAGGAGGUCGCGGGUUCAAACGCCCGGACCGGAACAAUACACAGGGUAUCAAGAUAACUGAGGAGAAUGUGCUGCCUUUGUUAUAACAUCUGUAAAUAGUUUAGUCCUCUCGGGCAAGGAAGAAAAACCGUUGAUCCCCCUCACACACUCCUUCACUGUUCUGAUUGAUUCCUGUGGGACGUUAAAAAAACUGGCACUGCUGUUCGUAGAAAGCAGGGGACGUAGACCUCUGUGGUGUGGUCAACCUGGAUGUGAGCCUGUGUAUGUAUUGCUGUAGCAGCUCCAAAUCAGCUUUAAAGCUGCUAUGAUGAUGAUGAUAAUGAUGAUGAUGAUAAUAGUUUUCCCAUAGAAGAGGACGCGGUAUAUGAAAAUUAAAACUGCAAAGCAGGUUAAGCUAAGGGAGUGAUCUAUGCAGUUUUUAACUCUUCUGAAGCGGUAUUUAAGGACAAUAACCAACCACUCAACUGUGCAAUGAACGUUGCUGGGUAGCAAAUACGCUGGAAGCGAUAAAACAACAACAACAAUAACCUUUAUUACAUGACUAUAGAUACUUACAGUAUUGCAAAAAGUAAUGAUAUUAACAACAGAUAAUCAAGUGACAUUCUUACAUGACAGUACACUGAGACGCAAAUUUUUCAAUAAUGAAAUACAAUUCGCAAACCGGACUUAAAAUUUCAGAGAGAGCUUUUUCUACUGUGAUAUUUAAAUGAAAAUCCCUUUCUACCGACCCAGCUGCAAAAAUGGGUCUCCGAGGAUGGUGAAGAUUCAGAGCUACUACUUUCACAAACGGUGGUUUCGUUUGGCCCGUCCAGCGCAGCAUUCAUUUGUUCCUUACAUCCUUUGUAUUAUUCUUAGAGCAAAUUAGAAGAAUUAGUCAGCCUAAUUUAACAAUCAUUUACCAUGCUUACUUUGAUCUUUUUAUUGUUUUCCAUUAAUCAACUUGAUUGAUAUUUAUGAAAAAUUGUCGAUGUAAUACGGUACAUAUCCUAAGUAAAGUUAAUUAUGAAAAGUUAUGAGCAUGUGAAAUAGGCCAUUUCCGAGUUCCAAAAUCUCCUACCUUUGAAACGCGACUAAGUGCAAACCCUUUCUUGUAAAAAUGAGUUUUAUUGGCAUGAAAAAAAAAAAUCAUUUUCAUACCAACUUAGCCUCGCUUUGAAAGAUAGGCUUGGAGCCAAUCGGAAAUGGCCUUUUGCCAAUAUGAAUUCGCUAACAAUUCGCUUAAACAUAUCGCUGUGUAGAUAUCCCAGGAUGAAACAAGCAGGUUUUAGUAAUAAUUGAUCUAAUAAAAGCUUUUUUCUGAAGAAGAAAACGAAAUAUUCAGUUAGCAAAAAGAAACGUGGUUAUAUUUGAUAAUUAGUAUAGGAUAAAGAAUUUAACAGACCAAGAACAUCCUCCUAGGUCUGAAUUUCUUUCUUUUUUUGGUUCACAUCAUACUUAGCCUGUUCCAGGCUCUCAGAUAGUGGGGCAAGACGCGAAAGAAAAAGGCACGCGAAAAGUUGGCGGGGUGGGAAAAAGGGAAAGGAAAGGAAAGAGAGCCUGUAUUAAAUCAUUUCUUUUACAACCCUCUUCCGCCCACAUUUGGCACGUUUGAAAUAAUUAGAUUUCGGCUGUCAAACUGUUGAAAUGUCAAUGAGUUGGAAUCUCUCUCAAAUUUCUCGCGAGAUUAUAUCGCGCUGUGCUAAUCCCUUAUGCGAGUGUGAGCAAUAUGGAGUGUAAAAAGCGGGUUGGUAGGCAACACACGACUUUUAUUUCGUGCCAAAAUGCUGCUUGUUAGCCUGCGAACGGCAGACGUUUCUCCUCGCUCAUCGCCGCUGAGGGACGUUUCGCGAAACGUCCCUCAGGGGCGAUGAGCGAGGAGAAACGCCUGCCGGCGUUCGCAGGCUAGCUGCUUGUUCCAGUGAAUACAUGUAUUUUCUCUUACGGGUGGAUUAUGCUCUGGAGGGGUCUACAUUUUGACUGAGCAAACUAUGUGAUUUUUGCCGCCUGUUUCAUGCUAGCCUGUUCACAGACCCUAUAUUUUCUCUUCAAAGUCCGUCGAGCGCGGGUGAUAAAAUAUAAACCGCAGGGGAUUUAUGAUGUUUUUGAAAAGAACGAAAAGAAAAAUAAAACAACGUCUGUUUACAGGCUAGUUUCAUGCUGAGAGGUCGUUACAAGCAUAUUGAUUUUCUGAGGGUAUUGUUUCUGGUCGGCAUGAUUGAUGAUUUGCCCUUCAUUGCGGCUAAAUAAGGGUUUUAGGUUGUUUAAUUUUCUCUAAGUCCCUCCUUGAUCUGAAUGUGAUGGUCUCCUACAAUGAGUUUUGUCACGCUGGGCCCAGCUCGUUUAGUGUUUUUGCAAGAUGUUAAAUUCUCACGGAUGGUGAUUCACAAAUCCAAAUUUCGAAGAAUUGCAGCUUAAACUGAAGCUACUUUAAACAUGGAGAACUACGCUGUGAGUCAGUCAAGAUUUUUAAACUCCAGCUUGUUCUUCUAAAGAGAUCUAAAGAUAAUGUAAGUCUGGACUGGAGCGCGUAGAUAACUCCUUUUUGCGACUGUUCUGUUAUUGCCACUUCGUUAUCAGGCAAGACCAUUGUUUUCACCCUAAAUGCGCUGGUUUUUCUUUCAUCCGGCCCGAUAUUAAAUAGAUAAUGAGUCCAAGAAUGUCACCAACGUAUCAAUACUUAGAAGGAGCUCUUACAGAGUUUCAAAACUGGCAGAGUUCAUCACGUUAAAGUUCCAAUGUUUUAUAUUAGGAAAUUUAAAAGAAAUUUCAGGAUAUAAAUCAUAUAAAGAGUCCAAACGCGGUGAAGGCAAGGGGAUUGAAAUAUUUGUAGCAAGGGAAUACGGACGCUUUCAAAACUCUUUCUUGUGUUAUACACGUAAUUAAUUUUCACCGCGCACUUUUAAUUCACAAAAUGCCCGUGGCGAGACAAAUGAAACUGCUAUUUUGCCAAGUUUAUGUCAUACCCUGAAAUUAAAAUCCAUCUAAUUGUGCAAAUUGCUGUCAAUCCUUUUCUAGUUUGUUUACUAUCGCUGCUUAGUGUUUGUGAUUCGCCCAGGGAAAGUUAUGAUGGUACACCUUGUAGUAAGAUCCGUCAAAUUGGCUUCCUUUUUCAAAGAACUGAACUCCUUUCAUUGAGGGGGCAGCGUGACCGAGCGGUAAGCUUGCCUCAACCCGGCAUCGCAGUCCAGUCCUGCCCUUACCACUCGCCGAAGCUGCUCCUUGCCGUCCUAAGUCCCCUCCAGGUUAGACUAAAGAAAUUGUGGUGCUACAGGCAUCUGUAGGUGAGUAAAACAGACAAAUGUAGUUUUAUGAACUGAUUGCACAUUUUACUGUACAGGUAUAACUUUAUGACUGAUAUCAAACCAAUUUUUAUGCCUGUCAAUAGCUAACUACUUGCGCUCUGCCCUCUUCCAGACGGGAUUUCUUCUUAAAAACGAGUUUAAAUUUUGAGUGAACUCGCCGAAAACUACUGAAACAAAAAACUGCACUAGUUUUACAUGUUUUGCAUUCUCCAUUUCCCGUAAUACAGCCGCGUGCAAGUCUUGCUUUAAGGAUACAGGGGCACCCAACGAGAAUAUAGUUCAAAACCACUUAAACAUAGUAUUGUUGAAUGUAUUUUAGUAUUUGAACGGUAGAUAUAGGCAUAUUUUUCAUCUGUUCGUCUAGCGAUCCGAAAAUUAAGGGAUCAAAACUUACCUUUUUGAAAAUUUCAGCCAGAAAAAAGGCUCCCGAAAAAUUCUAGGUGACCUUUUCACGGAAAAAAUCCGUUAAAAAUGAGCAAUUAUACCAUUUUUGGGGGGUUCGAAAAUCCUAGGAGAGGCAGGCAAGCAAGAAAUUUAACAAAAACUGUUCCGAAAAUUCUAGAUCUCAAAUCGUCUUCCGAACAGAUAUUUUCCAAAAAUUGUCGUUGGGUGCCCCUGAGGAUAGAAACAACGAUAAAAUUGUGUUAUGUCCAAACACCAUUGCUUUCGGACAGAUAUUUUAGAAACUUUUAUUAAUGACCUAGUAUUCUCAAAUCGCCCAAGCCCCUGUCUUAAGUCGAGGCUAAGUGCGAGGUUAUUUAUAUAAUUAUUCAUAAAAAAAUGAUUUUUUUUCUCGUGCAAAUAAAACACAUUUCCACAAGAAAGGUUUUGCACUUAGCCGCGUUUUGAUACUGAUUUCGAGACCUAAUAAAUCUUAAAUUUGUCAUGAUGUGAAGUUAUAUUGAUCUAACUAAUCUAUGUAUUCUUUAGCCUUAGAAAGAUGACGAAUGCAAGUCAACAUGAUUCCGAACAUUUGUUGUUUAAAGAUAUUCCAUGGAUGCUUGUAUACAUCUCUGAGGCAUUUCUAAUUCUCGUUGGAAACCUCUUUACAAUUUAUAUUUUCUGGAGCAUUCGAAAACAACUGAAGCGAGCAAGCUAUCUGCUCAUCAAUCUUGCAGUUGCUGAUUUUUUUGUUGGAAUGGGAGUUGUUCUUUAUAUUGGAGCAGAUAUUGCAGUUCUCUUAGGAAAACAAAUUAGUUUGAUGUUAGUUGACGUCAUAAUAACAGUUGACGUCACUGCAACAGUUGCCUCGCUGUCAUCGUUGGUCCUAAUUUCUUUGGAAAGAAUGGUGGCGAUGCUGUGGCCAUUCCGUCAUAGGCUUUUGAAAACACGAUACUUUUACUUCUCCAUUGGUUUUGUUUGGCUUCGUUCGCUCACAAAUGUUAUUUCACUAAACUUGCGUGUAGAUUCUGUUUCCUCAAAUGGCUAUGCCGACAGCAUUUAUACAUCCGUUACGUUCAUAGUCUCGGUUUUGGUCAUCACCGUUGCCUAUCUUGCUAUUUGGAUUUCAAUGCAACGCAGUAAAAUACCAAGCAAUGAUUGUAAGUCCAAAGAGAAAAAUAGAACGCUUGCAAAGACCCUUUUCAUAGUAACCGCUUUGUCAAUUAUUACCUGCCUGCCAUAUGGUAUCAUCAUUGUUUUUGCCAACUUUUCUGAGGAUUGCAGGUUUUCCUUUUGGGUUCAUAUAAUCUUCGUCGCACAAUUUGCGAAUUCUUUUUUGAAUCCGUUUGUCUACUGCUUUAGAAUGCCUGAAUUCAAAGCGUCCCUGAAAAAGCUUUGUCAGUGCUCACGGAGAAGAUUUUUGUUUGAUAAUAAUGCUGUAAGGUCUGCCGGUGGAAUAACACUGAGGUCCAUGUCACCCGUAAAGACUCCUUAA